GGGGCCUCGGUUGCGAGGGCAGCAGCGGCGGGACCAGAAGCCCGACGGCGACGAAAGGUCACCUUUCUACGAACCCGCGACAAAGAAGCAGUUCAGCCUACAGUGCCGCUCCGGGGCUCGGAAGGAGUCGGGCUCCGGACCGCCACCGCCACCUCGACCGCUGCUGCCGCCAUCGCCUUGUUCCUCUACCCCCGUCAUGGCCGAGGAGCUGUCCGCGGCCACGGCCUACACAGAAGAUGAUUUCUACUGCCCGGUCUGUCAGGAAGUGCUCAAAACGCCAGUGCGGACCGCGGCCUGUCAGCACGUUUUCUGUAGAAAAUGUUUCCUGACUGCAAUGAGAGAAAGUGGAAUACAUUGUCCCCUGUGUCGUGGAAAUGUGACUAGAAGAGAAAGAGCGUGUCCAGAACGGGCCUUAGAUCUUGAAAAUAUCAUGAGGAAGUUUUCUGGUAGCUGUAGAUGCUGUGCAAAACAGAUUAAAUUCUAUCGUAUGAGACAUCAUUAUAAAUCUUGUAAGAAGUAUCAGGAUGAAUAUGGUGUUUCUUCUAUUAUUCCAAACUUUCAGAUAUCUCAAGAUUCAGUAGGGAAUAGUAAUAGGAGUGAAACAUCCACAUCUGAUAACACAGAAACUUACCAAGAGAAUACAAGUUCUGGGAAUCCCACCUUUAAGUGUCCCUUGUGUCAAGAGUCAAAUUUUACUAGACAGCGUUUACUUGAUCACUGUAACAGUAACCACCUAUUUCAGAUAGUUCCUGUGACAUGUCCUAUUUGUGUGUCUCUUCCUUGGGGAGAUCCUAGCCAGAUUACUAGAAAUUUCGUUAGUCAUCUAAAUCAAAGACAUCAGUUUGAUUAUGGAGAAUUUGUGAAUCUUCAGCUAGAUGAGGAAACCCAAUAUCAAACUGCUGUUGAAGAAUCUUUUCAAGUAAACAUCUGAAGCCUGUAGACAUCUCUACAUCUUUGUACCUGCAAGUGCCAUCUUUAAGGGGAAAACUACACGAAGUCACAGUUUCAGUAACUUGAUGUGUAUAUUAAUAAAAGUAAUUCAGUCUAUUGUUUUAAAUUUUUUAAUUGAAAAGUAAAGGUUGGGCCACCUAAAAACUUCAUCUUCUUGACAAGUUAAAAAAUGAAAGUUAACAUUACUUUAAAAGCAUAAAAAGGAUUAUAUCUCAGUAAUGUAGUGAAAAGGGAAUCCCUGUUGUACUCUUAUCUUUUUUUAUAUUACAUAUUUUUGAAUUUUUCAUUAUUAUUAUGUUGCUUUUGAAAUUUUGGUGCAGUUUUUCCUAUUUAUUGUACACAGGUAACACACAGUAGCAAAUUCUGAAAGACGUGAUUGAUAUAAACGUAACAAAUCUGAGCCAGUUGUCAGAGUUGCAGAAUGAAAACUUGAAGUGCUAAAUGGAAGAAUCCAAAGGAAAUUUUUUAAACACAGAUUAUAGCUGAAGUAUUCAACUAUAAGAAAAUUGUAUUUAUAUAACAUUUAGUAUUUUUGAAAACUAGUGAGAUUUCUUUAAUAAUUUUAACUCUUUAAAAGUAAAAGUUCAUUGCAAAGACAUUUCCUUUUUGCUAUUAGAAGGAAAUAUCAAGAAAAAAAUUUAUUUCUUUGGAGCAAUUGGUAAUUCAAUUUUGUGUGUUUGACCAAUUUGUAAGCUGAAAUACCAAGCUGAAUAACAAUUGUUUUGCCACAGAAUUUUCAAUAGCCAGUGUUUCUCAUUAGCUGAGAUGAAACUUACUAGAAACUUUCAGUUGGUGAUAUAUUCUACAGAUAUACUUAAAUGAGAAAUUUAAAGAAAUUCAAAGCUAAAGAUAUAUAUGUACAUAUACUUUUGUAUGUAUAUACAUAACAUACAUACACAUAUAUAUCUUUGCAUGCAGUUUGUCAGGUUAUACAGAACUUUUAUUAAGGAUUUAAAAAUGAACAAGCAAUAUAGGAUUGAAUUAUCUGAUUUGAUUAAAAUUUUGUAUAUCACCAAAUUUUUUUAAAAAGUAACAAAUGCUAAGUGAUAUAAGUUGGUUGCUAUUACACCUUAAAAAUUGAGUUUACACACAAUUACCUAUUUAUAUGGUGCUCAUUUGUUAUUCUCAAAAAUAAUUCGUGACUAUGAGGGUAGUGAAAAUAGAUUUUACCAGCCACAGUUUCACUACUUCAAAGUCAAAACUAAGUUUUUUUCUUAAUAUUGAGAAUCAUAAAGUAUUUUGUAGAAGGGCCAAAUCACAGAAAAAAAGGAUAAAGUGAAUUCACUGACAUUCCAUACUAAUACACAAUGUUUAUGCUUUCUUUAAAAUUACUAAAAGAUCAAAAUCUCAGAAGUAGUUUGCUGCUAAUAUAUACAUAUAUUGUAUAAAAAGGUAUAUUUUGGUUUUCUUAAAACCCUUGUUGACUUUUCUACAGUGAACAUUUUUUUAAACUUGAUUUAAUAAAAAUGUUAAUUUUAGAAGUGAAGUUUUGUAAAAACCUUUUUCAGUCAAACAGCAAUGACUUUAUUUAUAGAUAGUAAUAACAAUCACACAGAAAGCCAUACAUCUUAAUGCCUUUGUUCUGUUAUUCUAAGAGUAAUGUUUACUGUAUGCUUUAACAUUUUUUUCUGCAGCUAACAUGAGUGUAAUUUUAGGAACAGCAGGAUGAGUUCUUUUUAAAGAUACUUUCGACCAUAGUUUUUUUCCAGUUUAAAGCAAUAAUUUAGUAGUUUCUUUCAAAGUUUAACGGGUCCGGUGUAUGUCAACUUAAACCAUUCUGAAAUUUGCAAACUUCUUUAAAGGAAAAUUGUUGGUAGAGAUCAUCUUGAUGAAAUUGUAUUUUGAAGUUUUGUGAAUGAGUUAAAUAUUAGUAGUCUUGUGUGUUUUACAUAUAAGCUUUUUCAUAAGGAAAAUAUUGACUUUGGUAUUUGCUUUUCUCUGGGAGUUCAAGUAUAGAAAUAAUUGUUUAAAAUAGCCCCUCCAUUUGUCACUGGGUUUGAAGUAGGGAUAAACCUGUACACAUUUAAUUCAUGGAAAUUAAAUUCAUGGGAAAAGGUUCUUAUUUUAAAUAAUUUGUCAGGGUAAAGGAGGGAAGCUAUUAAUACUGAUACCUAAAUUUCACAAUACCACUUAGGAAAGCCUUUUCUUUAAACAAAUUACAGUUUAUGUUGUUCGUUUAAACAGAGUCUUAUUUGAGAUGUAUUGCUUUAUUUUUCAAUUAAAAGUGGUUUUCUCCUACUGUG